AUGAAAUCCAUGCAAGUUUCGAGAGCUAUCGCUCGUUUGGCCAGCUCCAGCUUGAGAUUGGGUGCUCGUCCAGCUCUUCGUCAAGCCGUUCGCUUCUCGUCAAGCGAUUCAGUCACCAAGGACCUAACUCAACGUUUGAAUGAGGAGAUCGAAGCUGAAAAGCGAUUGGAGAACGAAAACUUGGGAGGAUCUGCCCAACCAUCGAUACCUGGAUUCCAAUUGAAAACAAAGGAUGCUGAGGUUAGGUUGACCAAGAAGCACGGAAGCGAAGACAUCUUGGUUGUAUUCAAUGUUAACCACUCUGUUGAUGUUGAGGAAGAUGAUCCAUCUUCAGAUGCAGGUACGAAUUUUAAUUUUUGUUUGUAUUUUUAGGUUUAAUGGUUCGAUUUUAUCUACGAAACAUUCAUAUUGAACAAUGUAUUAUAUUUUAACUAUAUAUUUUAUAAAAUUAUACUUUAUGUUUUGUUUUCAGCCCCAGUACCAGUAGCUCUACCACCAUUCAGUGUUGAGAUCACAAAGAGCGGCAAACGCUUGUGCUUUAACAUGGUUUUAGUGGAGACUGGAGAUGAAGACCAAUUCGACUUCCGUGUAGAGGAGUUCUACGUUGCUCCAGCCGCCAAGGACGGAAAUGAAGAUGUACCUGAUGAGGUAUAUGCUUCAAGUGGAAAAUACAUCGACCCUGUAGGUUUUUGACCUUAUUUGUAUAUUUUUAGGUGUAGAAAAGAUUUAUUAAGCUCUUUCAUACGUUUUUAUUGUCUAAAGUAAACGAAGCCGUUGAAAAACCCCAUUUUUGGCUUUCAGAACCUCCAUGACGUUCUCUUCGUCCGUUACCUGGAAGAAAGAGGUAUUGACGCCGAAUUCUGCCGCAACCUGGUACAAUUCUCCACUCACUACGAGCACCAGAAGUACGUCGGGUUGCUGUCCCACAUCCGCGACUUUGUUUCCCAGAACUAA